AUGGUGAUGGGCCUCGAACUGCAAUAUGAUGGUCUUCAGAGAGGAUAUGAGCUCGGCUAUCCGGAUUUCAACUCCCCUGCAAGUGAGCUGUGGCCUCAUGCAGAGACCGUGUUCGCCGUCCUAGAUUGGAUAUUCGGCAUUGCAUAUGUCGUUGAGAUUGGAAUUCGCAUUGCUGGGACGAGGUCCGCCUUCCUUUGCGAUGCCACAAACUGGUUCGACACUUCUUUGGUGUUGCUCUGGCUGGGGGAGCUGUUUUGGAGUCAGCAUGUGCCCGUGGAUUCUGGCCUGGUCAGAACUUUGAGAUUAGCGAGGAUCCUUCGUCUUGUCAGACUCAUGCGGACCAUGCAAGGAUUUGACGCCUUGUACAUCAUGACGACUGCCAUGUAUGGGAGCUUGGUUGUCCUGUUCUGGUCAUUCAUGCUUCUGCUGCUCGUGCAGACGACGAUUGCGUUUUGCUUGGCCCAGAUCUUGGGAGGCUUUUUCCACGCAACAGAUGUCCCCGCUUCCAAAAAGAUAGAGGUGUUCGAAUACUUCGGCACGGCAUCCCGAGCCAUGUUUACCAUGUUCGAGCUCACUUUGGCGAAUUGGACGAUUGUUGGGAGGAGCCUGCAAGAAAAUGUGUCCGAAUACUUCGCUGUCUUUAACGUGGCCUACAAGUUGGUCGUAGGCUUUGCGGCCGUCGGAAUCAUCAACGCAGUAUUUAUGCAAGAAACCUUUAAAGUGGCCUCGUCUGACGACAAUGUCAUGAUGCGACAGAAGGAGCGGGAUUUACGCUUGCAUACCAAGAAAAUGCAGACGCUGUUCGACGCUGCGGACGAGUCUGGCGAUGGUGUGAUUGACAUUGAUGAGUUCAGAAAAAUCUUUGAGCUGCCGGAAAUCAGGACUUGGUUGUCUGCACAAGAGCUACCAGUCCAAAAUCCUGACCUUCUCUUCACGCUCCUGGAUGAUGGCGAUGGUGGGCUGACAGCC